AUGAGGGCAUGGGAGAAACCCUGCCCUGGCGAGAACGGAUUUUCCGAGCAAGCCUGGCAUACCAAUGGCAAUGGGGGAGGUCCGUUCUUCAGAUUAUUGGUAUUGGGAGUUUUGGCGUCUUUGGCCGUGGCUGAUGUCAAGGAAUUGUCACGAGAAUAUCUGCCACCCAAGCUGGAAAGUGCUAGUGUCACAUUGAAUCAAGAAUACCUGCCACCCACCAAAUUGGACAUUCCCGAAGUGCAACAGGAUGAGGUGGAGGAUAAUAAUAUUGAAGUGCCCUAUGUAGUGCAAAUCACUAGGCAAGGCUUUCCCGGUGCUUUUCCCGGAGCCUUCCCUGGUUCAUUCCCAGGUGCAGGAGGCUUCCCCGGAGCAGGGGGCUUCCCCGGAGCAGGAGGCUUCCCCGGAGCCUAUCCUGCCUAUCAAGGUUUCCCCGGUGCCGGUUACGGAGGUGCAGGUUUCCCCGGUCAAGGUUUUGGUUUUCCCGGUCAAGGUUUCGGUUUCCCCGGCCAAGGAUUUGUUAAUCCCGGAUUUGGCGGUGCAGGUUUCGCUCGUCCCGGUUUCCCCGGCUUUGGCAACUACUUCUCCGAACAGAUCAAGGAAGAGGAGUCCAAUGGCGAUAAUGGAAAUUCUGCCAACAACGAUUUGAAUUUGCGCGAUGCUCCUGAAACCGAAUAUGACAGCACCAAUGGUGGUUAUCUCUAUAAUAAACCAGCCAAGACUUUUUAA